AUAUAAGUGGUCAUGGUGGCUCCUUAAUUUUUUUACAUAAUUGUGUUAAAUAUUUUCAAUGCGUGAGUUUACCUCGUCCCCCUCAAAAAACGACAGACUUUUUUGUUGGUGAAUUUGGGUGUGAAACAGGUCCAUAGUCUAAAUAGUCAAAGCUAUAUUGUAUAUGUUUAAUUUGUAGACAAGGGAGCGAAACAAAAAAAAAAUAUCUAGCGAGUUCCAAAAAGUCUGAAAAUUAUUUUCUACACAGUAAUUUGUAUCUUCUAUACGUAAUAAAUACUGUAGACCUGCUUAUAAAUUAUAAAUAAUAAAGGCCCAUUUUGGGACAUGUCCUUUCGUAACUUAGACCAUUCUAAGUUUCGUAACUGAGGACGAAGCUGAAUUCAACUUUAUUAUCUAUUUCACAAAAAAAUAAAAAAAGGACUACCUAUACUAAGAUUCCAAAGCUGUACGUAGAUUAAAAAAACUGAAAGUUUGCCGAUGGUUUGCCGCUUUUUUCAACUGAAUACGCGCAAAAUUUGAAUUUUUUUCUAGAACUUACGCCAUUUUAUAAGUUGGCGUCGUAAUAAUUUCGAGUUUCUUUUCUCAAUUUUAAAAUUUCACAGGUUAAUUUUCUUCAUAUAAUAAUUAUAGUUAUUAUUUAAUAUUUUCUUCAUAUAUUACACUUGACUGAAUUAUUUAAUUGUUUUUAGAUAGUUAAGAAUGGAUAUUAAUACUAUAGAAAGAAUUUCUAAUAGAAAAAGAUUAGGUGAAGACCUGAGCCAGGUGCAAGAGAAAGUAAAAAAGGAAAAUGUCGAGCUAAUAAAAUUACAGGUAGCGCAAGACAGUGCGCAUUGGGAGCUGAAGGAGCGGCUCGCGCAGCUGCGGGGCGAGCACGAGCGCCUGCAGCAGAACAUGCUGCAGCUGCAGAUGCAGUACGAGGAGCUGUCCGCGCGCCACCAGGACGAGCUGCGCCACCGCGCAGAGACCCUCAACAAACUGAACGCCACGCGCAAGAUCGCCGAAGUUCUGGAGGGGCUAACGCAGCAGUGCAAGGAGGCGUCUUCGCGCACCGAAGCGAACCUGGCGGCGCUGUGCGAAACUUACGCGCGCUCCGACUUGGUGGUAUGCGGCCUGCAGCGCGAGCACGUCGCCAUUCGUGAGAGCGCCGAGCGGAAUGUAAACGAAUUGGUGGAGAAGAUGAAACUCAAGAGCGAGCGUCAGAAGCAACUCAAGCAAGAGUACGCCGAGUAUCAACAGGUCGCCAACACUGAGUUAGGUAAUAUGAAGAAUGAGCUCAAAGGGAAAGAGACGCUUGUAGAAAAACUCAAGCAACAGCUUGCAGCAGCUGAGAUCAACAUUAACAAGGUAACUAUUCGUACUAGAAUAAGCCUAGAGAUCUCCCUACAAUAGCCCAGUAUAUGAAACAAAUCGAAAACUUAUUUUGAGAGAGCCACGAACCACCCCAACCAACACAACCAACAACUGCGUUGAGGUUUGUAACUACACCCACGAUCCCAAAGUUGAUUGUAGAUCUAGACGCCUGAAAAACGCUCAUUACGAUCCUGAUGGCGACAUGACGACUAACAAGUUAGCCCUUGACUACAAUCUCACCUAAUGCUAAGUGAUGAUGAAAUCUAAGAUGGAAGCUGGCUAACACCCCUUUCGGUUUCUACACGACAUCGUACCGCAACGCUAAAUCGUUUGGCGGUACGUCUUUGGUAGGGUGGUAACUAACCACGGCCGAAGCCUCUCACCAGCCAGACCUGAACCAAUUAAGAAAACCUCAAUCAGCCCAGCCGGGGAUCGAAUCCAGGGCAUCCGUCUUGUAAAUCCACCGCGCAUACCACUGCACCACGGAGGCCGUCGACUAGUUGUGUCAUCUGAAGCUCUUUUUAGAAUGUGUUCGUUGCAUGUUACUGUGGAUAUACUUUUCCAUUUGGUGGACCAUCUGCUUAGUCUGUCAAUUAUUACUAUAAAAAUAUGUAGGUAUAGCGCGGUCAAAAGUAAAUUAAAAAUUAUAUUUGAUAAAGCGCGAUGCUACCAUCGCCGCUCUACACUGCGAAAUGAGCAACACCCAGGCUGAUCUGCGCAAUCAACUGUCCGACACGAAGAACCUUGUAACGGCAAAAGAGAAUAUCUUGACUGAUCUGCACAAACAGCUAACAGAAGCUGACAGCAACAUGAGAAAUAAAGAUAACAUCUUGACAGAUCUGCGCCACCAGCUGGCACAAGCAGAGAGCAACAUGAUAAAUAAAGAUAACAUCUUGGCAGAUUUGCGCCACCAGCUGGCACAAGCAGAGAGCAACAUGAUUAAUAAAGAUAACAUCUUGACAGAUCUGCGCCACCAGCUGGCACAAGCAGAGAGCAACAUGAUAAGUAAAGAUAACAUCUUGACAGAUCUGCGCAACCAGUUGGACCAAGCAGAGAGCAACAUGAUAAAUAAAGAUAACAUCUUGACAGAUCUGCGCCGCCAGCUGGCACAAGCAGAGAGCAACAUGAUGAAUAAAGAUAACAUCUUGACAGAUCUGCGUCACCAGCUGGCACAAGCAGAGAGCAACAUGAUAAAUAAAGAUAACAUCUUGACAGAUCUGCGCAACCAGCUGAACCAAGCAGAGAGCAAUAUGAUAGAUAUAGAUAACACCGUGACUGAUUUGCGCACUCAGAUAAUGGAAAUAGAGAGCAACUUGAUAGCGAAAGAUAACGAGUAAGAA